CGACCUGGGUCCGCGUUACUCCCGGCUUUUUUCCCGGAGGAAAAGCGGGCGAUAAAGAAAAAUGCGUGCGGGCAAAUUUUUGUAUUUUUACUUUUUUCUUGAGCCCACGCAGUUUUUUACUGCACCCCCCACAGUUCGAGUGCAUACUUGUGUAACGGUUUUCGAAAUCAAGUCGUCAAAUUUAAUAUAGUGAUGUUCAAUAAUGAUCAUGUACUCAAAUGUAAUCAGUGCGCCGACUAAGUAACUCGUCCGACUUAGCGUUCGCGCGUUUAUUCACGCUUUGAAAACAAAAUUGACAUUGAUGCUAUUUUCAAGUGAAUGCCGGAUUGUUUCGCGACUGGCGUCAUGCCAGUGGUUUAGGAACAGCUGACUGUAAACAAACAAAUUAGCAGAUCAGCGAGAGAAGUUUAAAAAUUUACAAUCAUUUCCUAAUACUAAAAAUAUGUGAAGUGUUGAGUGAUGUUCAAAAAAAUGGCGGGUGACGACGAAUCGAGUGAUAGUGACGGUCCUAUUAUAGACGACAACGUAAUACGUAUUCAACUUAAAAAAAACUCACAAAGAAAAUGGGAAUUGCGAACCCGUAAUCUCUCGCCGGGUAUACGAUUUCCAACAAUACAACUUUUUGAUUGCGACGGAAAUCUGCUCGUCGAGACGAAUGACGAAAAUGUGUCUAUCAAAAGUUUCGGUGAGAAUUCUUUGAAGUCUAGUCAGUCGUUACGGGAGAAAGACUUUCGGCACGUCAUCAACAGAAACACAAUCAGAAAGCACAAUUCGAUAGCCGGAGGAAAGGUCUAUACCCGUGUAUACAGGACGCCUGUUUUGAUCAGUGAUAAUGACAAAAGUGAUAACAAUCGUUACAUCGUACACGACAGUAACAGUAUUUCCAACAUUCCAAGUAAACUCGCAGUGAAUAACAACUUUUCUAAUUUGCAACCAAAUAGCCUUGACAACUCCCCGUUUCAGUCCGGAGCCCUUAGCGAAGUGAGCAGCUACAAAAGCUCCGACAACGAAACUUGCGACGAUUUAAAUCAAAUAUUCAAUUCGGUUAAAGAACACCCGAGAGGAAUCGCAGAAAACAGCGCGCCAUCAGCGAGCAGUUUUAAUUAUUCAUCAGUAUCGUCUCUGAGCGAAGCCAAUGAAUCGGCAAAUGCAAAUUCGUUCAGUAAAGAAAAUGAAUGCAGUCUAGCGAUACACAAGUCGAAGUCCUUCAGCGAAAACGCAUUCAGAGACGUUAAACAAAACGAGGUGCAAAGAUCAAAAUCGAGCAUUACGUACAAACCUCCUCGCAACAAGGUGUCUUUCUUGAAUACGUAUUUAAAAAGCGUACGCGCUCGAGUUACCCCGAAUACAAAUUGGUUUACUUUUCCCCGUAGUCGAACAAUCGAAUCCAAAAACUCACGAGCGCAGCUGAAACGAUGUGGAUCCCCGAAAUCCAAUUCGCGGACAACGCAGCCGAUUUUCAAAAAAGGCGAAAGCGGCACUGAUUACGAAUUUAUAAAUAUUUCCACUGACGUCGCGGCGGACUGCGAAUUGAAAAAACGACUGAAAAUGUACAGACGUGGCGUAUCGGAAAUCGAAACAGGGCAAAGUGUGUUUAGUAAAAGGCGAAGGCAUUCUGUGGGUGGGAUGAUACGGAUCGCCCGCACUUCGUCCUCCGAGAGCGUGGAUGAAGCUGACUUGGUACUUAACCGUUUGAAGAGAAGGAUACUCAAGAAUAAGUUGAGGGAGAAAAGGCGGAGUUUCGGAGCCAAAUUUCAGUUCAGUAAGUGGUUAAGGAAAAAUUGUGUAUCUAAAGUCCGUUUUUCUUCCAUUUCGUUUUUUGCACAUAUAAGCGAUAAAGAUGAGCUAUGCUGCAAUCGUCUGUGGUGGGAUAUCAAAAGAAGAUAA